CUCUGCCCACAAUUCACUGGAAACCCAGGCUCUGUCCUUUAUUCCAGAGAAGGCAGAAAGAAGGUCCUUCCUGAAAGCUGCAGCUGCCUGUGAGGGCCCCACAGCCUGUGUCCUGGGAGCUGUCGUGGAUGAUCGCCCACAGGAUGUCCAGCCAAGACCUGAGCAUCACUGCAAAACUCCUCAAUGGAGGUGUAGCAGGUCUCGUGGGGGUGACCUGCGUCUUUCCCAUUGACCUUGCCAAGACCCGACUGCAGAACCAGCAGGGGAAAGAUGUGUAUAAAGGAAUGACAGAUUGCCUGAUGAAGACCGCACGUGCUGAGGGCUUCUUGGGCAUGUACCGAGGGGCUGCAGUAAACCUCACCCUGGUCACUCCAGAGAAGGCAAUCAAGCUGGCAGCGAAUGACUUCUUGCGGCAGCUGCUCAUGCAAGAUGGGUCACAGCGGAACCUGAAGAUGGAGAUGCUGGCCGGGUGUGGGGCUGGAAUAUGCCAGGUGGUGAUUACCUGUCCCAUGGAAAUGCUCAAGAUUCAGCUGCAGGAUGCUGGCCGCUUAGCUGUCUGUCAUCAGGCCUCUGCCUCAGCCACGCCCACCUCCCGGCCCUACAGCACUGGCUCGACUUCCGCCCACAGGCGCCCAUCGGCCACCCUCAUUGCCCGGGAGCUGCUCCGCACUCAGGGCCUCUCUGGUCUCUACAGGGGCCUGGGUGCCACUCUCCUCAGGGACAUUCCCUUCUCCAUCAUCUACUUCCCUUUGUUUGCAAACCUGAACCAAUUCGGGGUUAGCGAGCUCACCGGCAAGGCUUCCUUCACACACUCCUUCGUGGCAGGCUGCGCAGCAGGCUCUGUGGCAGCGGUGGCUGUCACCCCUCUGGAUGUUCUGAAGACUCGAAUCCAGACCCUCAAGAGAGGCCUGGGGGAGGACACCUACAGUGGAGUCACUGACUGUGCCAGGAAGCUCUGGACGCAGGAGGGAGCAGCAGCCUUCAUGAAGGGAGCAGGCUGCCGUGCGCUGGUCAUAGCUCCCCUCUUCGGGAUUGCCCAGGGUGUCUACUUCAUUGGCAUCGGAGAGCGCAUCUUAAAGUGCUUUGAGUAAUCUAAUGCAUCACCUCUUGCUGUCACCUCUGGCCCUAGGGAACUGGGUGGCAGUACUGGAAGAUGCCCACCCUGAUACACAUGGUCUCUAACUUGUAGUGCUACCUCAGAAGAAAUGACCCAUUUUACUAAGUGAGUAGAGCCCUCAUCUUCCUUUAUGAAGAUUCAACUUUGUGGUACAGGGAAGUUCAGAAGGCCUUACCACCUAUGUCUAAUAAUAGAACUGGCCUGUGUACUAUGACAGGACCAUGUGCAGUAAGACAGAAGGGCUGUUCUACACUAACAUUCCCACUGCAGGCAAGCGCGGCACAGAAUCGUCCUGUGAGGGUUUAGUGUCAAUCCUAGCCCUGAUGCUCUAACAGAUCAGAAGUGCACCUGGGCUGAACCUACACCCAGAUACCCAGCCUCAAGUAUGGACCCAGAUCCCUCCUCACGGAUGCUGUGGGUCAUGAUCUGAAAUAAAGCUGGUUAAAUCCUUGUCCUGGAA